AUGGCUCGAAUCAUAAGAAAUGUAGGCAUGGCAAUGUCUGGAGGUGUAGAUUCAUCAGUAGCCGCUUUGCUAUUGAAACAAAAAGGAUAUAAUGUUGUAGGAUUUUACAUGAAUAAUUGGGACGCACAGGAAGAAAACAGUCAAUAUUGCAACGUUAAUAAUGAUUUUAAUGAUGUAAAGUGGGUUUGUCAGCAUAUCGGGAUACAGUACAAACAAGUUAACUUAAUACGACAUUAUUGGAAUGAAGUCUUUAGUUAUUUUAUCGAUGGUACUAAUAAUGGAGUCACACCUAAUCCUGAUAUAAUGUGCAAUCAAAGAAUAAAAUUUGGAAUUUUUCACAGUUUAAUAAUCAAUAAAUAUAGAAUGGAUGCCAUCGCAACAGGCCAUUAUGCUCAAUUAAGUACUAACGAGCAAGGUGUUAGGUUAAUGAAAUCUGCUGAUCAUUUUAAGGAUCAAACUUAUUUCUUAUCAACAGUAUCUCAAUCAUCAUUACUUAAUACACUGUUUCCAAUUGGUCAUUUGACAAAGAAAGAAGUCAAAGAAAUUGCUAUUGAAAAUGGACUGCAUAGGAUUGCAAAGAAGAAAGAAAGUAUGGGCUUGUGUUUCAUUGGGAAAAGAAAUAAUUCAAAUUUUAUGAGAGAGUAUAUUGAUGGUGAAGAAGGGCUCAUGAUUAACAUUUUGACUGGUGAAAUAAUGGGAAAACACAAUGGACACCAAUAUUACACUAUUGGUCAAAGAUCAGGUUUAGGAGAUGGAAAUGGACCACUGUUUGUAAUUAAUAAAGAUAUAAAUAAUAAUACUCUAUUUAUUGGCCCAAGUCAUUUAUUAUACUCCCGUGAAAUAGUAACAAGCAAGCCAUAUUGGAUAAGAAAUAUUACUAGUAAAGUACUACAGGCAAGAAUAAGGCAUCAAGGAGAACUUGUGCAGUGUCGCAUUGAGGACUAUGAGUAUGGUCUAAGAGUGUUUUUAUCACAACCGAUAAGAGCUGUAACGCCUGGACAAUACAUUGUGUUUUAUAGUGGAGAGGAGUGCCUGGGAGGAGCCUGCAUUAAGAAUGGAGUAAUGGCCGAGUCAGCUAAUGAUAGUCAUUCUACAGUAAAUGAAGAGAAACAGCAUGUAUUUGUAAUGAGACACGGAGAGAGAUUGGACAGUGUAGACUCAACUUGGCUGCUAAAUAAUAGAGACAGGCCCUACGACACACCAUUAACUGGGAAAGGAAAAGUUGAAGCACACCAGUUAUCUCUUAAAAGAUAUUCCGACAAAAAUAUCGUGCACGUUGUAUCCUCACCUUUUACAAGAUGUCUCCAAACUGCACAGGAGGUUUGCCGGGCUACUGGUGUGACAGGUAUUGUUACUCGUAAUAUAUUGAGUGAGAUUAUGACUCGCGGGGCCAACAUGAUCAAAACACCAUCAGUACCCAGUGAGAGUAAUAUCAGUAAUUAUGACAUCAACGUCAUUGAGUUUGAUACUAAGCCUCUACCAAAGUAUCCAGAGACAAUAGAUGAAUCAAUAGCAAGAUAUAAAGCAGCUAUACAGGAAAUUGCUGAUGAGUAUUACCCAAAUAACGUUGUAUUGGUCACUCAUCAAUAUGGAGUAGAAACAUCAAUGUUACUAGAUACAGGUGGCAAUAAUGCAGUUUAUGAAGCUAGUUACUGUGGUAAUGUGGAGCUAAUAAGAGAAGGAAGAGAUGGAGAAUGGAAGUAUGCUAGCAAAGACCGUGUCUACAAAUACGACAAUGUUUUUUAAUAUUAAGACUGAACAACAAUUAUAAUAUUGAUAUUGUUAUUAUGUUUUUAGAUUUCCCAUACAAACGUAUUUAAUAUUAA